UAAGCAUAAUGCAAAGGAGAGAGCUUUUAUUUAUGCCUCCUCUUAAUUACAACCAGAAGAGGGAAAAAAAAUUAAUCUUUCUUCAAAGUUAAAAAGGAAAUUUAAAAAUAACCUAACUAGGGUUUGGGUGACCCGUGAGGAAACAAAAAUUUACACAAUUGCGUGGAAAGAGGGAGAUUCGUGGUUAGUGGGCAGUGAGUCGAAUCACCGGUUUUUAACUUUUUAUUUUAUUUUUUCGUCGUUCGCUUCAAAUUCGCUUUUUUCUCUCAGCUCAGCAAGAUCGACCUAUCAUUUCUACCGUAAAUUUCGGAUUUCUUUAGAGAGAAACAAAGUAAAUUCAACUGUUGGUUUUUGUUUUUAGUUUAUUUAUUUUUAAAUUUUCUAUUGAACGUUGGGAUCGGGGGGCAAAAAAGGGGUUUCAUUAAAAAAAGGAUUUUUGGAGGGAUUCAAGUUGUGAGUGUGGUGGGGGGUUUUCUUUCCUUUUUUUGAAUUUUUAUUGUAAUAAUUUGGAAUUUGCGAGGGAAUUUUUGUUGAAGACAAUUGGGGCAAGUUUUUUUAUGCAAUCUGGUGGUGGUGGCGGAGCUGGGCCCUGCCGGAACCUGGGAGUGGGCCCGGUCGGACAGGCUGCAUCCACAUCGUCGGCAGCUUCGCCCUCUUCGUCGUCAUCGGCCGUUUCGACCCCUCACUGGGGAUAUGAUUCGGUGCAACAGCAGCAGCAGCAGGCGCAGCAGCAAAUAGCUUUUAGGCAGUCACAACAGCUACUUAGAAAACCUGAAGUAAAUGAAGCCAUCCUAGCAUAUCAGGCCAGUGGUCUUCAAGGUAUGUUGGGAGGAAGCAAUUUCCCUUCAUCUCCGGGCUCUAUGCAACCGCCUCAACAGUCCAGGAAGUUUUUUGAUCUGGCUCAACAGCAUGCUUCUGCCCAGGACAGUCAGAAUAGGAGUCAAGGUGUUGAGAGACAAACACUGACUCCCUUUCAGCAAGCUUAUUAUCAGUAUGCUUACCAGACUGCUCAGCAACAGAAGACACUUUUGGCGCAGCAGCAAGCUAAGAUGGCUAUUUUGGGCUCUGCAUCUGUUAAGGAUCAGGACAUGCGAAUUGGAAACUUUAAAAUGCUGGAACUUACUUCUAUGCAGGCAGCUAAUCAGGCUCAGGCAUCAUCCUCUAAGAACCUAUCUGAGCAGCUUGGUCGUGUUGAAAAGCAGAUUGAGCAUGGACCACAGUCAGCUACUGACCACAGAAAUGAGCCCAAGCCACCGACCCAAGGAACAGUUACUGGACAAUUAAUGCAUGGGAAUGUUCUAAGGGCCAUGCAGGCACAACAAGCUCAGCAAACUGUUCAAAACACGGGACACGAUCAACUUGCUAUGGCUGCACAGUUGCAGUCAUGGGCACUUGAGCGUAAUAUUGAUCUGUCUCAACCUGCAAAUGCUAAUUUGAUGGCACAACUCAUUCCACUCAUGCAAUCUAGGAUGGCUGCCCACCAAAAAACAAAUGAAAGCAAUAUGGGUUCUCAGUCAUCACCUGUGCUUGUGUCAAAGCGACAGGCCACUUCUCCAUCAGUUCCAAGUGACAGUUCUCCCCGUGGCCGUUCAUCAAGUGAUAUAUCUAGCCAGUCUGGCUCUACAAAAACCAAGCCAACAGCUCUACCUAGCACAACUUCCAGCACUGGGGUGGUUAACAAUGCUGACAACAUUGCAAUGCAGCAGUUAGCUAUUGACGGCCAAGAUAAACAGGUCCCUCCCAGAGAGCCACUUGUUCUUGGAAAUGAGAUGCCUUCUGUGCAAUCUUCGCAAUCAUCUCCAAAUAUUAGCCUGAGUGGCAAUCCAUCUUUGCUCACAAAGAAUUCAUUAGGUGGCACAGAAACAGCAGAAAUGCAGUAUCGUAAACAGUUAAAUGAAAAUUUCCCACAGUCUUCUGCUCCUAAUAAUGAUGGAGGGUCUGUUAAAAACUUACCAGCACAAGGCAAAGCAGCUAUGCAGAUGCCACAGAAACGUUUUGGUUUUACUAAACAACAACUCCAUGUUCUCAAAGCACAAAUACUAGCAUUUAGGCGCCUGAAGAAAGGAGAAGGUACACUUCCACAUGAGCUUCUUCGAGCCAUUGUUCCCCCACCAGUUGAGCUGCAGCAGCCACAACUUCCUCCUCUAGGUGGAAAUAACCAGGACAGAAAUGGUGGAAAGAUUGUAGAAGAUCCUCAGAAAUAUUCAGAUUCAAAGGAGAAGGUUUCACAGGCUGGGCCGUCUACCAAUGGACAGAAUAUUGUUAAAGAGGAAGCAUAUCGAGGAGAUGAUAAAGCAACUUCAUCAACAGCUCAUAUGCAAGGGGUGUCAUCUUUGGCCAAGGAAUUUUCAUCUACUUUACCUGCUGGAAAAGAAGAGCAGCAAGGUUCUGUCAUUUCUGCCAUGUCCGACCAAGAAGUAGAACACAGUCUUCAAAAAACUCCAGCUAGAAGUGAUUUUAGUUUGGAUAGGAGAAAGGCUGUUGCACCUCAACUUGCUGCAUCUGAUGGAGGGCAAGUUAAAAAACCGGUGCAGGCAAACUCUGCCCCCCAGCCAAAAGAUCCUGGCUCCGCUAGAAAGUAUCAUGGACCACUAUUUGAUUUUCCUUUCUUCACUAGGAAACAUGACUCGUAUGGUUCAGUGAUGCCUAACGGCAAUAAUAAUCUAACUCUGGCUUAUGAUGUCAAAGAGCUUCUCUUUCAGGAAGGUGUGGAAGUCUUUAGCAAGAAACGAUCAGAAAAUUUGAGGAAGAUUGGUGGUUUACUAGCAGUAAAUUUGGAGAGGAAAAGGAUCAGGCCAGAUCUUGUUCUGCGAUUGCAAAUUGAAGAAAAAAAGCUUCGACUUAUAGAUGUGCAGGCACGUUUGAGGGAUGAAGUUGACCAGCAGCAACAAGAGAUAAUGGCUAUGCCUGACAGACCGUACAGAAAAUUUGUCCGCCUGUGUGAGCGUCAGCGUAUGGAGCUGGCAAGACAAAUACAAGCCACUCAGAAGGCCCUGAGAGAGAAGCAAUUGAAAUCCAUUUUUCAGUGGCGCAAGAAGCUCCUGGAAGCUCACUGGGCCAUCCGUGAUGCACGAACUGCUCACAAUAGGGGAGUUGCCAAGUACCAUGAGAGAAUGUUACGGGAGUUUUCAAAGAGGAAAGAUGAUGAUAGGAACAAAAGGAUGGAGGCCCUGAAGAAUAAUGAUGUUGAAAGGUACAGAGAGAUGUUGAUUGAGCAGCAGACAAAUAUCCCUGGUGAUUCUGCAGAGAGAUAUGAAGUUCUUUCAUCAUUCUUGACACAGACUGAAGAGUAUCUUCAUAAACUGGGAAGUAAGAUAACAGCUGCCAAGAGUCAGCAGGAAGUGGAGGAGGCAGCAAAUGCUGCUGCUGUUGCUGCACGGUUGCAGGGUUUAUCAGAAGAAGAAGUUAGGAUUGCAGCAGCUUGUGCUGGAGAGGAAGUAAUGAUAAGAAAUCGUUUUAUGGAAAUGAAUGCACCCAGGGAUGGUUUGUCCGUGAGCAAGUACUAUAAUCUUGCUCAUGCUAUUAAUGAAAGAGUCAUAAGGCAACCGUCGAUGCUACGAGCUGGAACGUUACGAGACUAUCAGCUUGUUGGUUUGCAGUGGAUGCUUUCUUUGUAUAACAAUAAAUUAAAUGGUAUAUUGGCUGAUGAGAUGGGCCUUGGGAAGACUGUUCAGGUUAUGGCUUUGAUUGCUUAUUUGAUGGAAUUUAAAGGAAACUACGGUCCACAUCUUAUAAUUGUUCCUAAUGCAGUUCUGGUAAAUUGGAAGAGUGAGCUCCAUAAUUGGCUGCCAUCUGUGUCAUGCAUCUACUAUGUUGGAGCAAAAGAACAACGUUCAAAAUUAUUUUCUCAAGAGGUUUUGGCUAUGAAAUUUAAUGUCCUUGUGACAACUUAUGAAUUCAUCAUGUACGAUUGGUCUAAACUUUCUAAAAUUGAUUGGAAGUACAUUAUAAUUGACGAGGCCCAGCGAAUGAAAGACAGAGAAUCUGUUUUAGCUCGUGAUCUUGAUAGGUUCCGUUGCCAAAGGCGUUUGCUUCUUACUGGGACACCAUUACAGAAUGACUUGAAAGAACUCUGGUCCCUGUUAAAUCUUCUCCUUCCUGAAGUGUUUGAUAAUCGCAAGGCAUUUCAUGAUUGGUUUUCACAACCAUUUCAAAAGGAAGGCCCUAUCCAGAAUGCAGAGGAUGAUUGGCUUGAGACGGAGAAGAAGGUUAUCAUCAUCCACCGACUUCAUCAAAUUCUUGAGCCUUUUAUGCUUAGACGUCGCAUUGAAGAUGUGGAAGGUUCACUUCCUCCGAAGGUUUCGGUAGUUUUAAGAUGCAGAAUGUCGGCUAUUCAGAGUGCCAUUUAUGAUUGGAUAAAAUCAACUGGGACUCUUCGAGUUGAUCCUGAAGAUGAGAAGCGCAGGGUUCAAAAGAACCCAAUAUACCAAGCUAAGGUGUAUAAAACUUUAAAUAACCGGUGUAUGGAGCUUAGGAAGACUUGCAAUCAUCCUUUGCUUAAUUACCCGUAUUUCAAUGACUUAUCUAAAGAUUUCCUUGUAAGAUCUUGUGGGAAAUUGUGGAUCCUAGACAGGAUCCUAAUAAAACUGCAGAGAACUGGGCAUCGUGUAUUACUCUUUAGUACCAUGACGAAGCUUUUGGAUAUCUUGGAGGAAUACUUGCAGUGGAGGAGGCUUGUUUACAGACGUAUUGAUGGAACAACUAGCUUGGAAGAUCGUGAAUCAGCUAUUGUUGACUUCAAUAGUCCUGAUUCUGAAUGCUUCAUAUUCUUACUAAGUAUACGUGCAGCUGGACGUGGUUUAAAUCUUCAAACUGCUGACACUGUUGUUAUAUAUGAUCCUGAUCCUAAUCCUAAAAAUGAGGAACAGGCGGUUGCUAGAGCUCACCGAAUUGGACAAACAAGGGAGGUCAAAGUCAUUUACAUGGAAGCAGUUGUUGACAAAAUCUCUAGUCAGCAGCAGGAGGAUGAAAUAAGGAGUGGGGGUACAGUUGAUUUUGAGGAUGAUUUUGCAGGUAAGGAUAGAUAUAUGGGGUCAAUUGAGAGCCUCAUAAGGAAUAACAUUCAACAAUAUAAAAUCGACAUGGCUGAUGAAGUAAUCAAUGCUGGACGUUUUGACCAGAGAACAACACAUGAAGAGAGACGCAUGACUUUAGAAACUUUAUUACAUGAUGAGGAGAGGUAUCAGGAAACUGUCCAUGAUGUUCCCUCGUUGCACCAGGUAAACCGCAUGAUAGCAAGAAGCAAGGAAGAAGUGGAGUUGUUUGAUCAAAUGGAUGAAGAACUGGAUUGGACUGCGGAGAUGACUUGCCAUGAACAGGUACCUAAGUGGCUUCGAGCCAGUACAAGUGAAGUGAAUGCUACUGUGGCUACUUUAUCAAAAAAGCCAUCAAAGAAUAUUUUAUUUUCUGCCAGUGUUGGUGCUGAAUCCCAUGAAAUGGAGACAGAGAGAAAAAGGGGUCGACCCAAGGGGAAAAAGCAUCCUAACUAUAAGGAAAUAGAUAAUGAGAAUGGGGAAUACUCUGAAGCAAGUUCUGAUGAGAGAAAUGGUUAUUCUGGGAAUGAGGAAGAGAGGGAAAUUGGAGAAGUUGAAGAUGAUGAAUUUAGUGGUGCUGUUGGGGACCCACCUAUUACUAAGUACCAGUCAGAAGAUGGCCCUCUUGGCGAUGAUGGGUAUGAAUAUGCCCAGACUUCAGAACACAUUAGAAAUGAUCAGAUGCUUGACAAAGCUGGUUCUUCUGGAUCAUCAUUGGACAGUCGAAAACCACAGCAGAUAGGGUCUCCCAUUUCUCCUCAGAAAUUUGGCUCUCUUUCCGCAUUAGAUGCUAGGCCUGGUUGUGUUGUAAGAAGGCUGCCUGAUGAACUAGAGGAAGGUGAAAUUGCAGCAUCAGGAGAUUCUCACGUGGACCACCAGCAGUCUGAAAGUUGGAUUCAUGAUCGUGAUGAAGGUGAAUUUGAACAAGUUGUCCAACCCAAGAUAAAAAGAAAGCGUAGUAUUCGGGUUCGACCUCGUCAUACUGUAGAAAGGGCAGAGGAAAAAUCUGUCACCGAAGUGCCUCAUCUCGAAUGUGGAGAUUCAUUUUUGUUGCCUUUCCAGCUAGACCAAAAAUACCAAUCACAACUGAGGAUUGACACUGAAACAAAAGCAACUUGCAAGCGUAAUGCGAUCAAGCAUGAUCCAAAUGAUUCAUCUUCAAAAUGUAGGAGGAACUUACCUUCAAGAAAAAUAGCUAAUACAUCAAAGUUGCAUGCAUCUCUGAAGUCUGGUAAAAUGCAUUCUGAGUCUGCUCCUGUAGAUGCUGGUAAAUCCUCCAGAGAGAGUUGGGACAAUAAACUGGUUAAUACAAGUGUGUCUUCGAAUUCUGGUGCUAAGAUGUCUGAUCUCAUCCAAAGAAAGUGUAAAAAUGUGAUUAGCAAGCUUCAGAGGAGAAUAGAUAAGGAGGGUGAACAAAUUGUACCUUUGUUAACAGAUUUGUGGAAGAGGAUUGAGAAAUCUGGUUAUAUGGGUGGAAGUGGAAGUAAUAAUUUGGAUUUGCAGAAGAUUGAUCAGCGUGUUGACAGAUUAGAGUACAGUGCAGUUAUGGAGCUUGUUGCAGAUGUGCAGUUAGUGUUAAAAAGUGCAAUGCAAUUUUAUGGGUUUUCUCUCGAGGUCAGGUCUGAAGCAAGGAAAGUACAUGAUCUGUUUUUUGAUUUGUUGAAGAUUGCAUUUCCGGAUACUGAUUUCCGAGAAGCUAGAAAUGCUCUCUCCUUCUCUAGUCUGGUAACUACCUCCACCAUGGGCUCAUCUGCCAGACAGGCUGCUGUUGGCAAGAGGCAGAAGCUGAUAAAUGAGGUGGAAUCUGAUUCAGGACUCACUCAAAAGUCAUUGCAACGCCGGUCCAGUCAUGCUGGUGAGGACACAAGGGUUAGAGUGCACAUGCCCCAAAAGGAAUCAAGGGUUGGGUGUGUAAGUGGCAUUACCAAGGAACUAUACCAGCAAGACGAUUCUAUUCUGACACAUCCUGGAGAGCUAGUUAUUUGCAAGAAGAAGAGGAAAGACAGGGAAAAGUCUAUGGUGAAGCCCAGGACUGGAUUGGCUGGCCCUGUUUCACCCCCAAGUAUAGCACGCAGCAUCAAGAGUCCAACAACAGGAUCAUUUUCUAAGGAUGCUGCUAGAUUGACCCAGCAGACUGCCCAUCAGCAAAGUUGGCACCAGCCUGCUCAUCUGCCGAACGGUGCGAGUGUUAGUUGGGCCAAUCCUGUGAAAAAGUUGAGAACAGAUGCAGGUAAAAGGAGACCGAGCCAUUUAUGACCUUGUAGAGGAUCAGCUAAUGGGAAAUGUGUGCUGCCAUUGAGUUUAUUCUGGGGCGGUUCGUUGUUUGUACAAUUGCAAUUAGAUUUACCAUUAACGUAGUGUAUGUUCCUCGAUCCCAGUCUUUUCGUGGUUUCAAUACAAUGGUUUCCAUAUCUGCACCUUGCGGGUAUUAUUAUCUAGAGUAUUUGAUAGCUGAGACGUGUAAAUUAUACCUUCGUUUCAUCAUUAUAGAAGUAAAUAUUUUAACUGAA